AUGAUAAGUGAGAAGGCUCUUCCGAUCCCGUCGCAGCCGCCUCCGAGGGGGCGGCAUGCUCCCUCGAGAAGAACUUCCCUCCACACCGCUCUACUGCUAGCCACCACAAUUGCGGCCAGCUACUCCAUUUGGGCACGAUUAUGGGCUCAUACAUUGCCUUGCUAUAAUAUAAUUCGGGUUCUGAGUACGGGGCCGUCUCAAUUCUAUUCUUCUUAUGGUCAAUUCCCUAUUCAAAGCGACCCUUUCCAGUUCAUCCCUUGCACCAACGCCUCCCUGCUACCCUCCCUUAAUGACACCAACCCACGUCAAUCAUGGGCUGCCUCGUUCGACCCUGACCCUUCACAUUGGAGCUGGGGCACAACGAGCCAGAACAACGGCGACGUUGACGGCCAGGAAGACGCUCAUGCUAGCCGUGGCAUAUACCUGUGCGGGUAUCUCGACCUGCCACUGAACGCGUUGAAUGAUUCGGACAAUCGCAUUGUGCGGAUUGCCAUCACCAAGUAUCAAGUGUCAGGCCUUGUGCCCGUGGGCCGCCAAGCUGGAAUAUUCAACGAUGUGAAUGCACCUGCAAAGCGCAAGUCAGAACGGACAAUCAUCAUCGAGCCAGGCGGCCCUGGUGCCAGCGGGACUGGCGAACUCUGGCACGCUGGCGAAGUAAUUUCUCAGCGAUAUAGCAACGGCAAGUAUGACGUCCUGGGCUGGGACCCUCGAGGCGUCAACGCUUCCCUUCCGUCCUUUUCAUGCUACCCACACUUUGCCUUUCGGGAUCGAUGGUCCUUCUUCAAGGGCCAGUAUCGCGCGGAAGUGGCCUCCCCUAUGCAGCAUCUCAAAAUUUAUGAUGCCAUGAACAAUGCUACAUUUUAUGCUUGCCACCAAAUCCAUGGUGACUUUGGCCGUUUUGUUGACACAACUUUCUCCGCAAGAGACUUGGAGGAAAUUCGCAGAAAUCUCGGCGAAGAUCAAGUUACAGGCUAUUUUAUCAGCUAUGGAGCAGCCAUCGGUGUCGUCUAUGCCAAUCUGUUCCCUGACAGGGUCGGACGGAUACUCUUAGACGCAGCUCAAUACGUCAGAGACCAACGGAAACUCGGAGGCUAUGCCUCAUCAUCGCUUUAUAACGUAGUCGACACCUGGCGUGACGGGUUCCUGAAAGAAUGCCUCGAGGCCGGGCCUAAUCACUGCGCGCUUGCCACGCCAGUUGCCGAAUCGUCAGGGCCUACUACACUCGAGGAGCUUGAAGUUCGCAUGCAGCUUCUCUUCAAGUCUUUGAUUGAACAGCCUCUGUCCGGGUACUCGCCGAUUUCUGGGCCAGCUAUUGUUACAUACUCACAAGUCGUCUUUUGGAUUUACAUAUGCAUGUAUGAGCCAAAAAGAUGGCCACUCACCGCUCAGAUCCUUCGUGAGCUAGAGGCUGGCGAUGCUACUCUGGCAAUAUCCAAUUUCGAGGGACGCUGGUACAACAACACAUAUACGGGACGUAAGGAGUCCUCUGAAGAAUUGUUCUUCAUGGUUGUGUGCGCUGAUGCGUUCGACGACCCACCGCCUCAGGACGGCCUUGGCUGGUGGGAUGAGUUCUGGCAAAACGCCUCAGAUCAUUCCUGGAUCGCGGGCAGCUUCCGGUUCACGGAGGUCUUCGCUUGCCGGCACUACCAGACCUACUGGCCUAACCCGCCAGGAGUGUACCGGGGCGAUCUGAAUCACACAUUGAGCAAUCGGGUCCUGGUCAUCUCGGGCACGCAUGAUCCUGCAACCCCCUUGAAGAACGGCCGAGAUCUGGUGGCGGAGAUGGGUGACAACGCUCGCUUGAUUGUUCACCACGGGUAUGGACAUGUUUCAGGUUCAGAUCCAUCGGAUUGCACGGAUGGCCUUGGGAAGGACUACAUUCUCCAUGGCACUCUGCCAAAAGAGGAAGAGACGCACUGCUUCCCGAAUCACAAGCCAUAUGUGUAG